GGACAAUGACCAUCCUCCAGCCUCCCAUACCAUCCUGCCUUGAGCUGGAAUUUAACUCAUAGUCUGGGUACUAGUAGUCGAAGAGCUCGGACUGCAGGUGCCGUUUUGGUGGAGGCAUGUUGUCGGGGUUCAGGCCGGAUUGAAUAACAGCCCACCGCGCGCCCUCCUUCCCAACCUUAUUCCUCCCUCGAACAUGCACUUCCCUUCCAAGCCGUGAUGAUGGAAGAGCGCCUUCCAUCACAAUACAGCUUGCCCAUGACGUUCCAGACUUCUCGAGGAUGCCGGACCGUCCCCUUCUCCCUCUCCUUUUCUACGUGAUGAGUGUCCGGCUCCGAGUGUUCCCCCAUUAUUUCGCCUUUGGUUUGGGAAGAAGCCAGCCAGGCUCACAUUGCUAUUCUUACUCGGAGCUUUUUUAAUUUCUUGAUCCAGGCUUACUAUCGAGUUUCCAGUUCAAGAGCCCAUUCCACAGCCAUGUCGAGUCCUUUGGGUAUGGAGCUCGAUGUCAUGCCGGGUGACGAGGCAAGUCUCAAGACGAACAGCCCCCGCCGGUCGCUCGUCGCAUCACUCCAUCGCAAGACGUCGCAUCUCUUGGGCCGUAAUCCCGUCAUCACCAACACUGCUGACAACACCCCCCUGCCCGUUCACCCGGGGCCUCUGAGAAGCAAGCCCAGUUGGUUUCACUCGGUUGGUGCUCGCUUACAAUCUAAAAGGCACAACCAUGCGGUCAUCCAGUCGUCGGACAGCUCUCAAGAAAUCGAGGUCGAGUUGGAGGAAGGCAGUGGCAUGAUCAACCCGCCUUCAUCUCCAGAGAUCUCUCCAGAGACCUCGCGAUCCCGCUCACCAGAGAGGCGCCGGACAUUCAGCGGCCGCCUGAGGCUUCGUUCUCUCCCUGCCAAAAUCCGUCGCCGGAGUGCCGCCCUCUUCCGACGGACAUCAUCUUCGAACCCCAGUGACGAGGAUAAAGAGAACCUUUCGCUUCUCGAAACUCCUCCUGCAGGCCCUGUCAACUCUCCCAAUACGGGGAGCUGGAGUUCUUUCCGGUCUGGCGUCCAGAGAGCUGUCCGGGAAAUGGUUGACGGCAACUUUUGCUUCCCCGAGGACCACGGCGCCCGAAGGCCGCCGCCUCCUCCGCGGUCACCUGCCAGAGUGCCUCUGAGAACACUCUGGACCAUCAUGUCAGCCGAUUCGUCCGAGUCAAGGCCAAGCUUGCGCAACAAGCCCGCCUUCAGAGCAAACCAAGUCAUACCACCUGUCCUCCCCUGACCUUUCCCGGGAGUGGUCUCCCACAUCAUCGUCACGUUACGACGCGGAAGUAUCACCUUUCAACGGUAGCGGGGAAUCAGCGGAAGGCUUGACGAACGCCGGCUCGGGCCCUGAUUUGUCGCCCAUUUCGACCGUCCACAGCCCAGCAGAGAACCAGAGGGCGAGCCACGACAGUGAGAGCUUGCCUGAGAGCCCCGUCGACGAGGAGAAUGCGCCCGA